GGCACUCGAGCCGCGGGCAUAUUCGAUUCGUUCGCAUCGUAAACCGCAGCAGCAGAGAGCACUUUGCAAGAUGUCCGAGAAGCACUUUGACGAGUACGAGCAUUACAACUACGACGUGGACAAGCACAUCCACUCUGGCCACUCAGGCAAGCAGAGGAGCAAGAAGGAGGCGAGCGAGCACACAAACCACUUCGACCCGAACGGCCAUUCACGUAAGAUCGUCACCAAACUGCAGAACACUGAGCAAAACCAGAAGAGUAACAAGGCCGGCGACAAGGCCAAGCCCUGAGCUCAGGGUAGCAACAGCGGUGGCAGCGGAACCUUCGGAACGCCUUUGGAAAUAAUGAGAGUGAGUGCGCGCGUGAUAAAAUAAAUUGUGAUGCGACAGUUCCGCUCCGAGGCUCGCAAUACGGACGGACUCUUCUCGCCGCUGCGCUGUUUUUUUUCUUCAACGAGUGAUAAAUAUAUGUGUUUGAUUUUUUUGUCGCUGAUAUGAUAUCUCGGACUAAGUUGCCUUCGUCGUACACGCCGGCCUAUCUUGAUGGAUUAAUAUGCUUUGCUUUAUUUGAUAAUUUGUAGUUGUAUUUUCACGGAAGUUGAUUCCUAAUAAAGAAUCAGUCGCUUCUUUUCUGUUCCUUAAA